AUGACCAGAAUACUACAAGUAAACCUCAACUGCUGCAAGGUGGCGCAGCAACUGCUUUUGCAGACAGCCACCGAAAAGAAAGCUGAUGUGAUAAUCAUAUGUGAGCAGAACAAGACACUGACACAUUGGUACUCGGACACUGAUGGGAAAGCCGCGAUCGCUACGCAUCAGGCGAUAAUCCCAGAGGAAAUAGGCAAACCAGGUAGAGGGUAUGUGUGGGUCAGAAUACGAGGGAUCCGAAUAUACUCUUGCUACGUCUCCCCAAACAUCACGAUGGAUGAUUACAAGGAUUUCAUAGAGCGACUAGAGACAAGCAUACGAUCGGGAUCCGGAGAAGUCUUACUAGCUGGAGACUUCAAUGCAAAACACGCUGAAUGGGGCUCAGCAGUAAGCGACCAAAGAGGACACGUGCUAGCAUCCCUGGCCGCCUCACUGAACCUAAACGUGUGCAACCUCGGAAACACCCCAACGUUUGAAAGAGGCUCGAGCCAGUCCAUCCUCGACCUGACGUUCGCCUCGCCGCUGACAGCGCGAGAAAUAGCCGAUUGGAGCGUAUUAGACGAGGAAACGAGAAGUGACCAUAAAUACAUCUUCUACAGGAUGGGUAUACAUGGUGAAAGACGUAGCAACUGCCCCAUAGGAUGGAGCCGGAAGAAGCUCGAUUCACAAAAAAUCAAAGACUACUUAGACGGCAAGGAGAUGCCAAGAAAUGCCCACCAGCUUAUGGAAUACAUCACGGGAGCGUGCGACGCGGCUAUGCCGAGGGUAAAGCCCACACGCAGUUACCACAAACCGCAAUUCUGGUGGACAGAUGAGAUAGCCGAACUAAGGAAGGCAUCGUUAACGGCAAGAAGGCGAUACCAAAAAGCAGCAAAGAGAGGCCCCGCUGAAGAACAAAAACGAGUAUUCAAAGAAGCCAAGAAAAGUCUACGGCUAGCAAUAAGGAGAAGCCAAGAAAACUGCUGGAAGAAUCUGUGCGCCGAAGUUGACCGCGACCCAUGGGGGACACCAUACAGGACAGUUAUGAGAAAAAUAGGUAAGCGGCAACCGGUACCUACGAAAAUGAUCCCCGCCAUAAUAGCUGAACUAUUCCCGACUCAUCCGGCGAUAGAAGAAAACCCAAAUCGGCAGACGGCGACAAUACCCGCAGUCACGCUACAAGAAGUGCAAUUGGCGAGUAAGAGAUUACUUCCAGGGGAAGCACCUGGACCGGACGGGGUGCCGAACGAAGCGCUGAAGGUGGCUGUCAGGACACACCCGACGAUGGUUAGGUUAGGUUAG